UUUUACAAGGGAAAUUAUGAGCAAAGCUAAGAAGUUCUUUGUUUUCUUAUUCGUAUGUAUAGUGUGUGGACUGACUCUUCAUCUUUUGCCUCACAUAACUCAUAACAUUUUGACUCGGCCCUCGAGUCAUUUUGCUGAACCUCUACUUAAUGCUUCUUUCCCAGACACUAUCCCUGGCCCAUCAGCUCUAUUUCGAGAUGAAACAUUCGCGCCAGUGAUGGAGCUCUUUCGAAAGAAAGCUAUGGGAAAGCUCGUCCCGCAGUUAACAAGAUUCAGGUCAGGCUCUGUGCCCCGGGCAUUGCUGUGGUCACGUCCCUUCAUGGGGAAAGGGUAUUGGGAUGCCAUCUUCUCCCAAGUCAGGAAAGAGGAAUGCCCUCUGCCCUGUGAAAUCGUCUACGACGUCAAAGAGAAGAAUACCACGGACGCCAUCCUCAUCUUCCUGAGAGGCGCGAAGGAUUCCCAGACAGUCACGGCGGACCUGUCUCCCCGCGACCCCCGGCAACCUUGGGUCAUGCUGAAUUUUGAAUCGCCGCCUCUCGCGAACAGCGUGCACGGAACCCGAUACGAGAAAUACGACGGCCUCUUCAACCGCACGAUGUUUUACCGCCGGGACUCAGAUGUCGUGGUCAGCCAUGGCUUCGUUAUCCCCAAGGAGGACGCGCACUUCCUCCCCAGGUCGUGGGUCAUCCCUCCGCUGACGGAAGCGGGGAAUCACACGAGAAAGUUGGCGGUGGCGUUCAUAUCCAACUGCGGAGCUGCGUCGAGGCGUCUGCAGUACGUCAGGAGAGUUCAGAAGUACGCCCAGGUCGACGUCUACGGACGAUGCGGGAAUCUGUCGUGCAGUGGAUCCAUGUACGUCGAGCACAUGUACAACACGACGACGGACCCGUGUCUGAAGGUCGCCGGCGAAGGUUACCUCUUCUACUUCGCCUUCGAAAACAACUUCUGCAGCGAAUACGUCACGGAGAAGGUCUACAAUCUGAUGCAUUAUCUCAUCGUUCCCGUGGUUCUAGGUUCGGCGAAUUACUCGUCGGUCCUACCUCCGAAUUCGUACAUCAACGCCAACGAAUAUUCGCCGAAGGAGCUGGCGGAGAGAUUGCUUUACUUGAAGGAUAACCCUCAGGAAUACGAGCAAUACUUCGAGUGGAAGAAGUAUUAUCAGCCUUCAACGAUCGGUGGAGUGAGAAUCAUGUGCGACUUGUGUUCUCGAUUACACGACCCGGAAUUUUAUGAGCACAAAGUAUACGAAGACUUCCACGAUUGGUUCGUCGGGAAGUCUCACUGUAUGGCUGGGAUGGAGCUGCGCCGAUGACACCUGGUGGGUCGUCUGGAGUGCCUGGGUUGAUCAACUUUGUUAACUGAGUCCUCUAUAUAUCUUUGAUUAAUAUAUAGA